ACAAGUUUCUUCUCCAGAUUUAGGGUUUCUCAGUGUUUCGGCUCGGCCCAGAACAAGAUCGCAAGACUUCAAGAUGCCGUCGCACAAGUCGUUCAUGAUUAAGAAGAAAUUGGGGAAGAAAAUGAGGCAAAACAGGCCUAUUCCUCACUGGAUUCGUCUUCGUACCGACAACACCAUCAGGUACAAUGCUAAGCGUAGGCAUUGGCGCAGAACCAAGCUUGGAUUCUAAGAGGUUUACUUUUGCUUAUUGUGAGAGCUUUGUUCUUUUGAAAAAGACUUUGUUUUCUUUAUCAGUUUUGAUUGUUCACAUUUGUGUAAGACGAUCUUUAAUCAUUUAUGUUUCCAAAGUUUCCUGUAGUAACAUUGAGUUUUUCAUUAGUUUAAAGAUUUGGAAAUGACUUU